AAUGUGGCAGGCAGAGCUGAUGGUUUAUAGCUGUCUGGCAAUCCCACCUCAUGUUGUAGAUCUCAUAGAAGGAGAUUAAUUUCUUUCCCCUCCGUUGAAAUGAUUCAAAAAUAGCCAUGUCAUCAAACCCAAAUAAAAAAUGAGUGACAGAAGAAAAAGAUAUUUGAAGCUCACCCAAGCCACUUUGAGUUUUUAGAAAGAGAAGACCCUAAAGGUAAAACUAACACAUUUAAAAACUAUUUCCAAAAGGCCAGAUGAAAGAAGAAGGUUCUCUAUGAUUAAAAACAUGGACAUCUUCAUUGGCUCCAAUCACCAUCCCAUAGUAAUCUGUGAUGCUCAUGGCUUGAAGAAAUUUUGGGAAAAAAUAAUUGAAACAUAUACCAAACAAAAAGAAGAUGAAGAUUCUCGAUUGCAUCAAAGUGCUUUAAAUAAGCUCCGACAUGAAUGGACUCUAAGGCUGGAAAAUCAAAUUAAGAUACUUCAGAAGAACAGUGAAAAUGGCAAAGUGCAGGAUAACCUGUCUCCAAUUGAAAAUUUUAGCCAAAACGUCUGACCAGACUUGAUUUUGAUCCUUGAUGUUUCAUUAUGAAUGUGAACAGAUAUUCAUCUGACACCUGAGUUAUAAAUGAGCUAUUAAAGGACACACAUGGGUACUUUUGGUAAGCUGUUUAUCAAACAGCAGCAAAAAAGGAAAAAAAAUAUUAAUUCUUAGUUGAAUAUUAAUCAUUUAUGUAUAUCAUUAAGUUCUACCUGCAGUCUUAGCUACUUAUAUUUGAUCCCUGAUAGCAUUGUAUUCUUUAAAUGGGGGAAAACUGCUCUUUAUUAUGUCAGUUAUCAAUGAAUAUAGUGGUUAACUUUGGCUAAUAUACUGUACUUAUUUGGGUAUCCUGAAAUGUUGUCAAAUGCUUUGGAAUUUUGAGGCUGAAACAAUAUUAGUUUAGGAAAACAAACAGUCUUCUCAUAGGGAUGCAUUAAAACAAUUUAUUUCCCCCCCAAGUUGAAUUCAAUACUAGCUCACAAAUAUAUGUCUGUGGGAAAAAGUGUGUUGAAAGAUGUGUAUGUUUUGCCCGACUGGAAUUUAAAACACUAAGAUACCCCGUUCUACAAAUGGACAAUAAACGCGACUCUUUUUUUAUAUUUUGGUUUGUCAGGAUGGUAUUACAGAUGUAGUAUUAAUUUAAAAAAUAUGUCAUUUUCAGUGCAAUCCUAUCUAUGCCUACUGAACAAAAUGAACAAUGUUCUUGUUAGACUUCCUGCAGGCUCACAUAAAUUUGUAGAGGCUUGUAGCCUUACUAGCCUCUCUGCAGGUUGCACUAGUGAUUCUCUCUUCCCCUCUGCUAUUUUUGCCACUUUCUGAUGGUUGCCAAUGUGAUAUUAUAAUCCAAAAUUAAAAAUGUCUCAGUUGCAAGAAAAACAGUAAAAAGCAAAUUGCCUUUUUUCCUA